CCUUCUAAAAUUUUUAGAACUAUUUUUUCGCGUUAAAAUUCGCGUUUUAUGAAGAUGAAAAAAAUUAAGUGUUUUUUUCUCGAGAAUAGAAAUGUAAGGUGCUUCUCGCGUAAUGUUGAUUUGAGUUUCACCAAUUCACCGUGUAGUAGCUAUUCAAUGUAUGGGGUUACAUCAUGUUGAAAUUAUUACUCAUCUCUACGCUUCUCGUUUUACUACGUGUGAAUUUCGAAUAAAAUAAAAUCGUUCUGUAAUCUGUAAUUCAACCUGCCAUUUGAUGUUUUUCUUAUGGUAAGGUAAUUGUUAUUAAUCGUAAACGCACGAAUACGAUCAUUCAUAAACUUGUUAGCGAAUCAAUGUCGCGAUUAGAAUUGUCUUUUCGAAUAGGUUCCCGAUUAUGGAGCAAAGUUUCAUUGGAAUUUGAAGUUAGGCCCACGGUAAACCAAUUUCUAACUGGAGUGUUCCUUUGAAGAAAUUCGAUUUCCUUAAAUUUACUUCAAAUGAACAUUCAAGUGCGUCGUAAAUAUGCAGAAAUGAAAUUCUCUACUUACCCUUAUUGACGCUUUCUUUGCAAAGAAACUGCGGAAUCUCUUGUUGCAAUACAGAAUUCGUAAAUAAAAGACAAUGAAGAGCACAUUCAAGAAACAAAUGUUCGUCGAGGCCAAGAACCGUGAUCCCAAUACAGGUCAAACUUCGUCGUCAAAUUUGUCAAAUCCGCAUUCAUUCAUAGAUCCUGCCGCGUACAUGUCGAAUGGAGAAUUCUUAUUUAGAGUACCAACAGAAGCUCCCGUAUUCGAGCCAACUGUAGAAGAGUUCCUCGAUCCGUUGGCUUAUAUUAAUAAAAUUAGACCAAUAGCCGAGAAAACGGGAAUCUGCAAAGUAAAACCGCCACCGGAAUGGCAUCCUCCGUUCGCCGUCGAUGUAGAUCAUUUCAAGUUUACUCCUCGUAUUCAAAAGUUGAACGAAUUAGACGCUAACACGAGAGUAAAACUAUACUUUUUGGAUCGUCUGGCGACUUAUUGGAACUACAGCGGCGUUCAAAUACGCAUUCCCGCGAUUGAAGAUAAAACGGUCGAUAUGUAUUCGCUUUACAAAAUAGUCGAAUUGGAAGGCGGUUUUGAUAAAGUAAAUACGGAGAAAAAAUGGCCCAAGGUAGCUCUUCGAAUGGGUUACACCAGCGAUAAAAAUGUUGGUUCGUUGCUGCGAUCACACUAUAAACGUCUUCUUCUACCGUACGAAAAGUUCGAAAAAAGUAAAUUGCAGAGCGCUCAAGAACAAGAAGAAGCUAAGAAAACGUCCACUUCGUCCGGUGUUGCCGUCAAAAAAGAAUCAUUAGGCGAAACAAUUAAAGUGAAACAUGAACCUGGUGUUCAAGAUGUCGGCAGCAAAAAUUGCGCCGGUAGUAGACGCUGUACACGCUCAAAUUGUGACGAAAACGGCACUGAGAUCUUGGUCAGCGAUACUUUCAAAAAUCCCACCAUCCAAGAUAAAAAUAAGGAAUUGCAAAGGUUAACGUUCUACGGCCCUGGACCAAAAAUAUUAGGGUCCAACAAGAAACCGCAUUCAUUGAAUAAAAAGAGAUCUGACCCUAAUCAACCGGAAGAUAUGUUAGCUGAUUCGGCCUGUAUGGUUUGCGGUAACGGUGAAUCCGAGGAAUGUAUUCUGCUAUGCGAUGGGUGUGACGACGGUUACCAUACAUUUUGUCUUGUCCCGCCCUUAACUUCGGUACCGAAAGGUGAAUGGCGAUGCCCUAAGUGUAUCGCAGCUGUGGUGAGUAAAGCCACCGAUACUACGUUUGGUUUCGAGCAGGCUGAGCGAGAGUAUUCUCUGCAGCAAUUUGGUGAAAUGGCUGAUCAGUUUAAAUCCAACUAUUUCAACAUGCCCGUACACCUAGUACCCACGGAGAAAGUCGAACAAGAAUAUUGGAAAAUAUUAUCGUCGAUGGAUUCCAGCGUCACGGUUGAAUAUGGCGCAGAUUUACACAGUAUGGACCACGGCUCCGGUUUCCCUACUCAAAUGGCGCUAAAAAAUUCCGGCGACGAAAAUCACUACUAUAAAUCGUACGUGGAAUCCAGCUGGAACUUGAACAAUAUUCCGGUGCUCGAAGGCUCGGUGUUAGGCUACAUUAACGCCGACAUUUCCGGUAUGAAAAUACCGUGGAUGUACGUUGGUAUGUGUUUUUCCACGUUUUGUUGGCAUAACGAAGAUCACUGGAGUUAUUCGAUCAAUUAUCUUCAUUGGGGUGAACCGAAAACCUGGUACGGUGUACCCGGUUCGCAAGCCGAACAAUUCGAAAAAGUCAUGCAAGAAACGACGCCAGAUUUAUUCCGCAAUCAGCCCGAUUUGUUGCAUCAGCUCGUUACUAUACUGAACCCGAAUAUAUUGAUGGAUCGAGGCGUACCGGUCUACCAUAUCGAUCAAGCCGCCGGUGAAUUCGUUCUCACGUUUCCUAGAGCCUAUCAUGCCGGGUUCAAUCACGGUUACAAUUUCGCCGAAGCGGUAAAUUUUGCUCCAGUCGAUUGGAUACCGCUGGGCCGAGACUGCGUUGAGCACUAUUCUAGCCUGCACAGGUAUUGCGUAUUUUCUCACGACGAGCUUAUUUGUAAAAUGGCUUCGGUACCGGAAAAUUUGAAUUCCAAACUAGCCCUGGCUACUCAUCAGGAUAUGUUGAAGAUGCUCGACGUUGAAAAUAAACAAAGAAAAGCGCUUCUAGAAUGGGGUGUCGUUAACGCCGAACGCGAAGCUUUUGAAUUGCUGGCUGACGACGAACGUCAGUGCGCCGAAUGCAACACUACCUGUUUCUUAUCGGCGGUCACCUGUAAAUGUAGUCCGAAAAAAGUAACCUGCUUGCGCCAUUUCAAAGAUCACUGCGGAUGUCCUGCCAUCGAUCACACGCUACGGUACCGGUAUACCUUGGACGAAUUACCUGUCAUGUUGGAAAAAUUGAAAGAGAAGGCGGAUUCGGUUGCAUCGUGGGCUGCCAAAGUUCACGACGCGUUAGACGUGAAUACACCCAGAACCAUUACGUUGACUGGUCUCAAAGAAUUACUAAACGAAGCUCGCGAAAAACAUUUCCCCGACGAUUUAUCGCUGGGUUUACUAUCGAAAGCGAUCAAAUCCGUACAAGACGCUUUGGCCGUCGAUUUCAAAAAUAUCCUGUCGCGAAAACAAACGUUAAACAAAAAAGUCACCAUGACUGAAAUUCGAAGUUAUCAAGAAGAAUUGCAACGUAUACCGUGCGUCCUACCUCAAGAAAAUACCGUCAGACAUUUCUUGAAAUUUUUAGAUGAAUUACAAAAGAGUACCGACGAUAUACUGCGUAAAGAGAACGCUACAGUUAGCGAAGUUGAAAGCCUUCUCAAAAAAGGUAAUUUUCCCAACGUCGAAAUACCUUGCAUAGAUGUGUUGAAAAAUCACAAAAAAGUCAUCUAUUUGAUCGAAGAAUUCAAAGAGAAGAAAAAAAAUUCGUCUUUAUUGACUCCCGACGUUAUAAAUAAAUUGAUUGCUUGCAGCAAUAGUAUACCGACUGCGAACGUUAACGAACGCGCUACCUCCAUUACCAAAGACUUGAUGUCAAUCAAGGAAAAAGUAGAUGCUUGGGAGAAAAAAGCAGCUAAUUAUAUAACUAUCAACGUUACCUCUAAACAAUUGACCAACAGUGCGAAGUAUCCGCUAAAUAAAUUGGAAAAGUUACUCGACGAAGCCAACACGGUAGAUGCGUUUUUACCCAGCAAAGAAAAAUUACAAUCAAUCGUUAGAAAAGCCGGCGUGUGGAAAGAACGCGUUAACAGUCUCUUUGGACCGAAAAAAGCUGCCCCGUUUUUAGAAGUUAUUGAAAGUCUCGUCGAUGAAGGUGAAAAUAUGGGCAUCGAAUUAGAAGAAAUAGUCAAAUUGAAAGACGUCCUGGGCAAAGCGUUGCAGUGGAAAGAUGAAAUUUACAAUUUAUUUUUGGGCGAUAGCAAAUUAUUCAACUUGUUGGAAGUCUUGAUGCCUCGUAGAAAUUUACAACGAAUUUGCAAGUACAAGAAAAACGAAAAACCAAAUGCCGUCGAACCGUCUCCAACGUUCGGCGCUUUCGAUUUCAGUAUCAAAGAAAAUAGCGAUCAAGAAAAAAUUGUAUCGUCAUUUAAAGUCGCCGAAAAAAGAGAAUUCGAAUUGAUGCGCGCUCUACGAGUGAAAAACACGUACAAGAAGAAACAAGGCGACGGAACUUUUUGCAUUUGCAAUGUCCCUUCCACGGUGUACAUGAAAGAGUGUAUUUUAUGUAAAGAUCUUUUUCACGAGCAGUGCUUGAAACAGCUGGCAAAUUACUGGGAAGAUAUGAAAUCUAAUUUUCGUGUAUUUUUAUGCCCGUUCUGUCAAAGAUCCAGAAGACCUAAUUCCAAAGCUGUGAUGAGCGCGUUAAUUAAACUGCAAAAAAUACAAAUUCGUACGUUAGAAGGUAUCGCUAUGCAAUGUCUUCUCGAUCGCGAAGCGAAAUGGAGGGAAUCGGUCAACGAACUGCUGAGUACGCCCGAAUUGAGCGUAUUAACCAAGAAUACAUCGGAUCCUAUAUCCAAACUCGCCAAACACACCGGUCCAGUCGCAUUGAGCAACGAGAAUAGAAACAGUUUAGAAUCUUUAUUAUUCCGAGGAUUUCUACUGGAAUUAGAACUGCCCGAAAAUGAAAUAAUUUACAUGAUAUUGCAUAGAUUAGAUUCGAAUGGUGAUACAACCAAUCAAAACUCCAAUUCUAACACGUUCAAACCAUUCAGUCAACUCGCCAGCUUCGAUAAAUCCAAAGUUGAACUCGAAUUAACGAACGAAACGUCAUCUUUGAAGAAUGAACUAACCUCGGUCGCUCUAUCUACCAAAGACCGUAAACGUAAGCAUAUAACGCAGGAAAAUAACGAAAACGAGAUCAACUUGAGCAAACAUUACGCUCCAGCUGCGGUGACCAAAGUUAAAAGAAAAGAAAACACAGUUCGUAAACGAGUCCGUAAACAGAACAUGUCUCCGUAUAAAAAAGCCUCGCAACGAGAAAUAAUCGAGAAAAAUAUUGCGUCCAUCAUCUGCAUCUCGUCGCCGGAGAGAAGCGAUAAAACCGACGAUGAAGUUGAAGAUGAAGAAGAAAGCGAAUGCGUGGCAACCAGGUGUCUGAAGCCGACCGGAGAACUGGUCGAAUGGGUGCAAUGCGAUUAUUGUAAAAAUUGGCUUCACAUGGUUUGCAUAGGUGUUACGAAGAUCGAAAUCGAUAACCAAACCGAAUUCAUGUGCACGUUAUGUAAAAAUGUGGAGAAGGCUAAAAAUGAAGAACAAGACGAUGACGAGGAAGAUGACGAUGUCGUGUUUGUGGAAUACGCUCCGAACAGUACGACUUUAUGUUCCUCGUAGUGUAAUCACGCUAAUGUCAUUUUGAAAUUUAUUUUUAUCGGUGUUUUGACAACUAUUCCAUAGUUUUUCUGAUUUCUUUUCUUGUGUUUAUAUUUCUCUCUUUAUCUUCUGUGUUUUGUAACUUACACGAGUUGAAUAUUUAUAUUCAAUGCUUCUAACACUUUUUACGUUUAUACGCGCCGGCUUUAUUUUUGACGACAAAAAUUAAUGGUAUUUUUAAUUUUUGAUCGGUUUAUAAUUUGCAUGAAUUUAAAUCGAAGUAAUGUUUAUAUUUACUUAGGUAUUUUGCUAUCGUGUAUAUUUUUUCCUUUUUUAAUGGUUAUCCCUACUUUUGUUCUAUCAUUCGUAAAUAUUUAAGACGUAGUCAUUUCAUUUGUAUUUUGAUCUCCGAUGUACCGUAGAAUAUUUAUUUAUUUUUUUAAUUGUGCGUGUUUAUGAAUUAAUAGUGUAAUUGAAAUCGAUCGUAGGACGGCAUGUUGUUACGCUCGUGACGAAAAAUCAAUUAGGUAUUUUUGCCGGUCUGAAUCUGAAAAUCUGCCACUCGAUUACAAAAUUGCUUACGAAUAAAACAAGUUUAAAACAUUUCGAUAUUCAUUAAAAAUAAGAACGUACCUAUCUCAACUCUUAUUGCAAAUCUCUUGUAAUAUUUGUUGUUUGUUUUUCAAUUUUUCGCUGUAUUCUUCAGGAGAAAGCAAAUCAAGUUUCGUACAGUGUUGAAUAAAUUAGUUGAGCGCUAUGCAAGUCAUUGCUUUCAUUUUCCCGUAUUUAUUGUGUAGUUUUUUAUACUUAAAAAAUUUAUGAAUUUGGUGUUCGUUGAUUUUAUUUUAUUAUAUAAUCGUUAUUUUUGUUUGGUUCCUUUUUAGAAAAUUCUAUGGAUGGUUUUAAAAGUUGACUAAAUUUUCAUCGAGGAAUAAGAUUUCUGUGUUUUGUAAUUGUAUGUUGCGUAAUUUUUAUUUUUCAUUUUAUUUCGGAGUUGAAAGUUCGAAUUAAUGAGAAUUACAAUGUUUCCCAGAUCAAAAGAUUUUUCUAUUAGCUUUAUGUUACACCCAUUAUUAUUUUUUCACGUUGAACGUAGAAUAUUAAACGCCUGGAUACUUUUUCAAUACAAGAUUUUAUUUGUUCCUCGUAUUGCGAAUAAUUCUAUUACCUUACGUUGACGUAAAAUCUCCGAUUAUUUUAAUACUUUCCAUUAUGUACCUAUUCGUAUUUUUAUAUUUCGUUUGAUAACAUUUCAGAUUUAGUUCGUCGUAUAUCGUGUUAAGAAUUUAUGUGUAUUUUCAAUACUAAUGCGUCGAAAGAAUUGAUUAAUUUGAAAAAUUUACCAUACAUUUUUUUGGUUUGUAUCUAAUAAGAAUUUUAUUUGUUAGUUGCUAAGGAUUAACUUAUCUACAUUUAUAUAGGUGUGUACUGUGUAAUUAUAAAAUUGAAAAAAGUUGAAAAAAAAUUUAAGCGUUUAAUGUGAAAUAUAUGUACCUUGCAUCCAUUUUAGUUUAAUUAUGCUUUAAAUUAGAGUAUGUGUUCCUCUCGUAAUUACAUAGUGUACAAUGUAAUGUUUUAAAUGUUUAUGUUAUAGAUUCACCAGCCUUGUGUUUCGUUCUACGUAUUAUAAAUUGUAAAAUGUACCUUACUGAAGUAUGUAAAUAAUCUCCUGGAAUAAAUUUUACGAGAAAAA